AGAGGGAGGGAGAGUCAGCAGAAAGAGACGUUGACAACUGUCAAAUGUGCUCUUUACUAUGCUGCAAUACGGUAAGAGACGGGAGAUUACGGUAAAAUCGAACGGGAUACUACACAGCCAGCUGCAUCCGCUCAGCAGCCGUGAAGUUGCUGCUUCUCCUUGACAGUGUAAAAAGCGGAGUAUUAUUCAGCUGGGAGGAAGGGGGGGGGGUCACGAAGCUGGCAUCCAUCCCCUCUCAGCCAUUGGGACAGAGGGAAUAAGUGUAAAUGUGAGUCACCAAAAUACAUUGGGGGGGGGGUUGUAGAGAGUGCUUGCAUGGUUUGGUUUUGCUUCCAAGCAGAAUGUCCCACUGUGUGCUCGAGAUGUCUGCCUGCCACCCUCCUCCCUCACGCGCUCUGCAACAGGAGGUCUGCAGCCCUUCAACUUGAAGCGAAAGGAGAAGCGCAGACAGCUGCUUGAAGAAGGUGGUCGGAUCCAGAGACCCGCGUUCCCCGUUUGCAUCUUCCAGCUGCUUUUUUCCCAGGAGUUAGCAUAUCUAUCCUGCAAGGAGCACAAGAAGAAGAAGUCCCUGUUUGGACCUAUGACCAAGAUUUGUUAAUAAGCCUACAUCCUGGAGGCAGUUGCACAAUGCUGAGAAUCUUACGGCUUCAGCAAACUUUGUUCCACAUCUCAAGAUUGUGAUGCACAUCUCUGAUGAUAACAAAAGCAAAGCUUAAUUGGAAACAUCCUUGUGGUCUUCCACUAUUCCAACUUUAAACAUAUUUGAAAAUCAAGUAUGAUAAAGACCCAAAUAAAUGGGAGAAAAGAGCAUGUUCCUGCCAUUUGUGUCUAAUGAGACAAAUUUAAAUGGACACACUUCAGAUGUUGAUGGCCUUUCCACGAACUCAGACAUUUUCCUUUGCUACAAACCCAAACAUUUUUCCUUGCUUAGUAGCAUAAAGCAUUCUGUAACCUGAUGGCUCUUUUUUUAACAACCCAACAGAAACUUGGAAAUAGAUCUUUGACCCCUUCUGCAAUACUGUGUCAUCAAGCAUCCCACAAGGUCCAGAGAACACCAAGGAGAGUGUCCUAAAGAGAGUCUUCCAAAUUGCAGCAGCAUUUUUUAUUUGGCCUAACUGAAACAGAUGCCAAGGAAUAAAUGUGGAUUUUCAAAUAAGUUUCCCAGUCUGGGGUGUCCUUCCAGGUUCUGCAUUUAUAAAGCAAGAACCACAUUUCCAGAUAGUUUUUUUAAUCAACAAUGUGGAAAUAAAGCUUCUUGCAACACUACCAAAUAUUUGUUCUUCGCUCUUUCAAAGAAAGGGCAGAGUGAAUCACAAACAACACUGGAUGAACAUUAACCAGUAUUGAUAUAAUGGCUUUGAACUCUGAGAACAUCUCUGCGUCUGACUGCUUCAACUGCACCCAGCCGGUAGAGGGAGUAAACAUUUCAAAAGCCAUAUUAUUAGGUGUUAUCUUGGGGGGGCUGAUUGUUUUUGGAGUCCUGGGUAACAUUUUGGUUAUCCUGUCAGUAGCCUGCCACAAGCACCUGCAAAGCGUAACUCACUAUUACAUUAUCAACUUGGCUGUGGCCGACCUCCUAUUGACUUCUACCGUCCUCCCUUUCUCUGCUAUUUUUGAGAUUUUGGGGUAUUGGGUUUUUGGGAGGAUCUUCUGCAACAUCUGGGCAGCUGUGGAUGUUCUAUGCUGCACAGCUUCCAUCAUGAGCCUUUGUGUCAUCUCUAUAGACCGAUACAUUGGGGUGAGCUACCCGCUAAGAUAUCCAGCCAUAGUGACUGAAAAGAGGGGCCUCCUAGCCCUGCUGUGUGUCUGGGUACUGUCCCUUGUGAUAUCAAUAGGGCCCCUCUUUGGCUGGAAACAGCCAGCUCCAGAAGAUGAAACCAUCUGCCAGAUCAAUACUGACCCUGGUUACGUAUUAUUCUCUGCUCUGGGCUCCUUCUACCUCCCCUUGAUCAUCAUACUGGCAAUGUACUGCCAGGUGUAUGUGGUGGCAAAAAGGGAAAGCAAAGGACUGUCUUGUGGCCUGAAAACAGAGAGGUCCCAAUCGGAGGAAGUGACUCUUCGCAUCCACCGCAGAACCAUCACAGAAACCACUGGAUCAACACCCAGCACCAAGCACAAAUCCAAUUUUUCCGUGAGGCUCCUGAAGUUCUCCAGGGAAAAGAAAGCAGCUAAAAGCCUGGGAAUUGUUGUGGGGUGCUUCAUCCUCUGCUGGCUUCCUUUCUUUAUAAUCAUGCCCAUUGGUUCUUUCUUUCCCGAGAGCAAGCCCUCAGAGACCAUUUUUAAAAUCGCAUUUUGGCUGGGAUACCUGAACAGCUGCAUCAACCCCAUCAUUUACCCUUGUUCAAGUCAAGAGUUUAAAAAGGCAUUCCAAAACGUUCUAAGGGCCCAGUGCCUCCCACCACGGAGGUACUCAGCCAACAAAUAUUCCCUUAGCUUCAACCUCAAUCAUGCAAGCAACCACGUCGCCGAAGCACCAAAAGACGUUGUCCGCAUCCCUGUCGGCUCCGGAGAAACCUUCUAUAAGAUUUCCAAAUCGGACGGUGUCUGCGAGUGGAAACUCUUCUCGGCCAUGCAGAGUGUGUCCACCAAGAGCACAGCCUCAAGGGAUAAGGCCAGCUGUGUGACAGCCAAAGUCAAGAGCAAAGGUUUCCUGCAGGUAUGCUGCUGUGCAAGAACAUCAGGGGAAAACAUUGCAAAGGACCAGAGAGUGCCCACCAUUAAGAUACACACUGUCUCUGUCAGCGAUAAUGGAGAGGAUAUUUAGAGGCAUCCAUCAUUCUGGUGGGACCAGAAGAGGUUUACAUGCAGUACUUCAAUAUGGGCAACCUAAGGAGGGGGCUGCUUUUUAUGGAGUAGUACAGAAUGCCGGCAAUGGAAUGAUGCUAAAGUAGAACAAAGCACGUGAGCUUCGACUGAAUCCAAGUUAUUGAGGGAAUCUAAGGCAAGGUGAUUUAAAUCCCAUUGAAAUCUGUGGGGUUCAGAAAUGGGACCACUUGAGGCUGGACUUCUUCAAGCGAUUCUGCUAUUAUUUCCUUGCUAUUUUCAAGGCUCUGUGGUUCAGUUAGUUUUAUUUACAAUUGUUUAGCCAUUGCAUUCUUCACUUGGGGGUGGGGGUGGAGAAAAGUGUUGUGGCGUAUCCUACAAUAGAAAUCUAUGAAUAUCUGUUAUUAUUUUCAACACAGGAACUUCUUUCUGGCUCUCAGCUUUUAUGUUGUGGAGUAACUUCAUACACCUAAAGGGGGAAUUUGACAAGGCAGAACCAUGAGUUAAUUGGAGAAAUGUGAUGGUCUUUUAAGUUGACUCCUUUCUUUUUGUUGAUUCCAGUCCUGUGAAACUUCGGACCAUAUAGCUUAAAAGACACCAAAAGGGUAAGGGUGGGGGACUUCAGUCCCAGGAGGAGAAAGCAACCCCCUAGGCCUCUCUAACCAGCCUUUGAGGCUCUUCCAGUGGUACAUCCCUUCACCCGGGCCUCUAGUUGGCCCUGCUCCAUACAUCCCUUAAUUGUUUUUGCCAGGCUGGAAUAUGUCAUUGAACUGUGAUAAUGCCUUUUGCUUGCCUGGAUGGAGAGGUCUGGGGACAGGGGACCUCUGCCCUUUAUAUGGCUGGAAUAUAGUCUACUGCACAAAGACAAGGCACAGCCAUUGCUCCCUCCACUUUUGCCUCUGGCCCUGCCCACUACUGGCAUGUGGCCACUGGAAGGUUGUCCAUGGAGAAAUGCAGCCCCCGAGCUUUCCCACCUUUGCAAUAGGGAGUACACAGCUCAGAAAUGGCCCUGAUUCUGCACUUGGCAACAACAGUUCAGAAGCUUGUGUUCCCUUCAUAUGGAUGGCAGACUUGCUGAGAACUGCUUCUUCAUUCCAUGUGGUCAAAAUGUGGGAGGGGAAACACUACAAUCACAUAGGCAAUGAAAUCUUAUGGGCGUUUAUGAUAACAAAUCAUGACGCUCCCUCCUUCUGGGGUGCUAAUCAAGUGGACUAAUCCAUAUGAUUAGUUCUGCCCAUGUAGUUAUAAUAUUCACUCACAGGACAUCAUCAAAGAGAAGCAGCUCCCACAAUUUGUGGUGAUGUGAAGUGGGCCUUAUUCCCUCUCCCCCUCAUAGGGACCAUUUCCUUAUCCCAAGAGCAUUUGCAAAAAUCUCUGUGUAUCAUUUUGAAGCUUCACCUUCUCUGUGUUCCUCUUUGUUGCCUGCCUUGUACUGUAGUACAUUCGUUUUUUUGAAGUGCAGGAUGUAAUGGUGGAAAAUAUUCAGUAGCAAAAGAAUGUAUCUUUGUCGUAAUAAUGAUGCCAAGAAACUGCCCUCUGAGUUUGUGGGGCAAUUUCCAGCCCCUUCACCAACACCAGUUGCCUUUCCUUCGUACUUUUUGACUCCAUCCCGUCCCAUGGGCCACACCUGUUCCUUCAAUAGCCUACCUCUACAGACUUUAGGUCAUUCAAUCCCUUUUGCUUCCUUUUGGCAUUUCCAACCAUUAUUGUUGUCAUACACACAUGUGCAAUAGGAAAUAAUUGGAAACUGUGGAGAUUCAUAUUCUGCAACACUGGAGGCUAGUCCAUUAAAGAGAACGGGGCACUUCCCUCAGCCAGCCCCUACCUGCCUGACUUCUUACAUACAACCACCCCAAGGGGAGGCCUGUGCUGUUAGGUCCCUCUUUAGUCCCUGCAGACUUCAGCAGGGGGGGGGGGGAGAUGGAGACAAAACCAGAAUUAGUUGGCUCUGCCUUUCACUGCUCUGGCUCCGUGUACUGUUGGCCUCCCUGCCUUCCACCCUACCAGUCCAAAUUGGCACUAGCCAGCACAGCACUGCAAGGCAACCUUAUCACAUGCAGAAUUGUGGAGCAGCAGGAUUUACUAAGGCACCAAUGAACGAGAGGAUCAGAUCCAUGUGAUGUGGUUUAUUCAAUAUGGGGGUGCUUGUUGAACUAUUGAUGAGACUAGGGUUUAAGGCAGCCUUUGCCACAAGUCAGCAUCCAAAGAUUCAAUCUUUUUAAAUCAUGUCUUGUGCUGGAGAUUGGAGAACAUGGUUAUUUGGAGCCAUCUCAAGGAAACAGAAGAGAAAAUGCAUGAAACACUGAUUCUGUAAGAUUCAGAGCCUGUCCACAUUUCUGUUUGUCCUGUGCCUAGAAAACAUGAGUCCAGGAGAAUUUCCACUUGUCUCAUAUUUCUAGGUACUGGUCCAAGCAGUUUUCUGUUUGUCUCACUGCAUUCCCUGGGAAAACCCAUCCUUUACUGCCAAAUUGAAGCAAACUUAAAUCUACACUAACCUUGAUUGACAUUUGCUCUGAUUCAGGUAGGUAGCUUAGAUCAGGUUUGAUGGUGUCACAAAGAAGCUUCUAUUCCCCCCUCCCCCCCCCCCCCGCCCCCAGGAUGCAUCUUUACUACAGGGUCGAUUUAAUUUAUGUUUUCCUGCCAAAAAAAAAAACUGUUCAAACUGGUUUCUUAGAUCCUUUCUUGGUCCUGGAUUUCAUAGAGUACCCUAGGGAAAAGGGAUUGAAUUUAAACAAGUUCAUGUAUGCUGUAUAACUGUGCCCAUAGGGAUUUUUUUCAAUUGACUUUGGCUAAAUUAAAUUGCUUUUUGUGGGAUUACCAAAAUAUAAAUCAAUCCCCUGCAACAAGGAUGAAGCAAUUUAUCUUUCAACUGUUGACGUCAAUGAGAGUAUUUUACAUUAAUAUUUUUUUUUUAAAAAAAAACCAUGUUCCCUCAUUAAACCAGAUUACCUGAAUUUGGAUAAUCAGAAACCUAAACAAACAGGAAUGAAUAGCAGUCGCACAAUGCGUAAUUCUGAAUAACUUUUAAUUUGUCCAUUGAGCUCUAUAUAAGCAAGAGCUUCCUACACUAGGUCCAGCAUUGGGAAAUGUCCCCCAUGUCAUUGGAACUGUGGAACUGAGGGUAAUGGGGACUCCUUUGCUGCUAGCUGGACUCUAAGCUGAUACACAUAUACAUGAUUUAUUGCUUGAUGACCAAGUGGGUGAAGGGGCCAUUUCAGAUCAAAUGUCACACCAGAACUUCUAAACCAUUUAAAAUGCAUUGGAAAGGAUCCAGAUUCAAGCACUAGACAUGUGUCUACUCACAUGUAGAGAGCUUGCAUGUAGCAACAGAAAUGGGGCCAUACUUACAGCAACAGAAAUGGGGCCAUACUGAAUUCCCAUCACAUGUGUUGAUAUUAGCCCUAUUAAAAUCAGUAGGACAAGUUGCUCAUCAUGAUGGCCUUAAGUCCAAUUGAUUCUGAUAGUACUAAAGCAAGGCUAACUUAAUAUAGAUUUAAGCCAAUGCCUUUAAGUGAAGUCAUCUCACAUGUUCAGCUGCCAGUCAUCAUGUUAGACAAAUAAAACACUGAAAAGGCAUGUCUGCAUUAUCUAGGGCUGCCAUACGUCUGGAAUUUCCUGGACAUAGCCAGGAUUUGUCUGUCAAAAACGGUGUCCGGGUAGAAUUUUUGGAAAGCAGCAAAAAUGUUCUGGGAAGCCCGGGCAUAUGGCAGCCCAUAUCAGAAGUGUAGAGUUUUUUGACAAUUUUCCUUAAAAAAAGAGGUUAAAAAUCAUUUAUUUAUUUACUGAGAUUUUGCAACAACAACAACAACAAAAAGCUGAACAACUUUUGUGUCUGGGCUUUCACUUUUUGAACUAUGACAACCCUAGCACAACUUCAGUCUAUAUAUUGGACCAGGAAUCUUAUGUUUAUUUUUUUAAAAAAAAAAUCUACAGAUUUUGGGUUGCCAAAGUUUGCUUUCUCUCUGGAGAGCCUAACAUGAAAAGCUUUUCAGAUAACCUCUCUUCAAACCAUGCCAGUGUCAUUCAAAGAUUCACAAGACCAUACAUAUUUAUAACAGCUUUUCCCAUUUUGUUAGGGACAUCGAGAGGCCUAACAAUAUGGCUGUCAUUUUCCUCCCUAUUGCUAUAGCCUCAUAGGGAUUAUAUAUAAUGUAUUUUAGACACUGAAGGACCAAAAGCAGUUCACAGUAAAUGUGAGGUUUGCAAUGUAGUAAUUGACCUUUAAGGAAGCUUGAAAGUAAUUUGAUUUGGGUGUUUUCCUCAGUUUCAACCUGUCAGGAGAUUUCUACACCCUUUGUAGAAAAGAGGUAAAGUACACAUUUGGAAUUAAUAGUUCUCAGCUCUGUACACCACACGCUAUCUAUAGAAAUAAUCUGGCAAUUAACUUUGUAGUGUAGGCAGAAAAUGCAUCUAUAGCAUCAGAAGAAAAUGGGAUUCAAUGCAGUAAGCGAACUCUAAGAAAUGAAUUGAACUCCAUGCUAAUCCUUAAAUCUUCACAAUUUCCCAGUAUCUAAUAGAUAGGAAGCUGCUUUUUCUAUUCAUCCAGCUAGCUUAUUAUUGUUCUGCAAUAACUGGCGGUGGCUUCUGAAGAUUUCAGGCCGAGAUCUCUCCCAACCCCACCAGGAAGUGCUGGGGCUUAAACCUGGGACUUUCUGCAUGCAACGCAGAUGCUCUGCCACUGAGCUACAGUGCUUCUUGUUUUAAGUUACAGGGAGGCAGAUUCUGGUUGAGCAUUAGGAGACAUGUCUUGAUGGUAUGGGCUGGAGGUCUCUAAGCAGAAGCUGGGCAGCCAUCUGUGAGGGGAGCUCUAGCUCUGGAUUUCCAGUAUUGAGGUUGAGGUUGAGGUUGAAUUAGAUGGCUGAGUAUGACAGCAGUAUAUUCUGUGGCCCUUACAAGGAGAACUGGGCCCUGCCCUGGUUUGGGAGGCUGUAUGGCAUAGGCACCAACUCCUUAGGGCUGAAGACACCUCAGCCCCCUAGAUAUUGUUUAGUAGGGGGCUCAGCAUCCACCCCACAAGAUUGAGAGGGUGGAGGAGGCUGAGCACUGAGCAGAGCAGAGCACAGCACUGGGAUAGGCCCAGUUUCUCCAGCUUCUGGCAUGGGGCAUGGAGUGGAGCUGCUCCUUCUUCCCCAUGAGACAAGGCGAGCCAGGGCACUGCCAGCCCUCCUGACUGCACCGCCACUGCCUCCUCCUCCUCCUCCUCCCACCACCAUGGACAUGGGAGUCUUGGCAGUAGCAGCUGCAGUGACCUGGGCGAGUCUGGAAGCAGGCAGCCCUACCAUGGCUGGGGAGCCCUGCUGCAGUGCUCUGUUUCUGCUGCUGACUCAGACUGUGGCUGCUGUGGUGGACACAGUGGCAGCACCCACCCUGGCCGUGCCAGCCUGAGUCAUGCCACAGCCUGGCCCGCAGGAAACUCGCCUAGUCCCUGUGUGUGAUCACAGGUGUGAUGUGUUGCUAAGGCCCCCACCCACCCACCCAGUGUUGGGCCCAAGCUGGCACCUCUGGCGUGUGGCCCAUCACCCGUAAGCUCCCACUUCCUUCAAAGUCUGGCCCUGACCCUGAAGAUUUUUGUUCAGUGUCUGUCCUUCUGAACAUAUCUUGGUACAUGUUGUGAGCUGGAAACUGUAUCAUGGCAUUCAGAGAAGUGUAGACACACACACACACACACACACACACAUUCUGCCCCACACAUUAGUCUAAGCCCAUUCAUAUCAAAAUUCAUAGAAAUUGAAUUCCUCCAGCAUUUCUUGUUUCAACAUUAUCAUUCUUUUCUCAGCUCAAUUCAUUACCUCUUACAUUAAUGCAAUCAUUGCUAUUAUUUUUAUGCUGGAGGGCUUUUGUGCAGAAUUUGUUCUCUGCACAUAACAGUGAUCUGGGCAUCUUUCUUGCUCGCAUGACUUGCUUACUAUUUUGUCUGCCAGCAAGCUAUGUUGAAAUCUUUUUACAAUUCACAAGACAGCAGGGCACAAUUCAUACCAGAGUGCCUACUAUGGGCCAUUAACUUUUCUCUGCAUGCCAACCAUUUUUUAUGCUGGGAAUCUCUAAUGCUAUUUCCCCCCCUCCGGAAUCAUAACUGGGAACCAGAUUCUACCAUGACAAUUUGAAGAAUGUCCUAUGUUCCUGUGUUUAACUGGUAGAGUAUACUGGCUAAAGAAAGUUACCUCUGCUUCAAUGUAUAGGGAGACUCAGGCCCAGGGGCCAAAUGCCACUUUCCUAACCUCUCUGGCUGGCCUUUAGGACUAUUUCCAGGCCACUACCUCUCCCCAGCCCUCCCCCCCCCAUGCUGCUUUGCACUGUCCUUGAGAGUUUUUGCCUGGCUAAAAUGUGUCUUCAAAUUCUAGGACUUCUUCUUGCUUGUCUAGAUGGAGCAGGGGCAGGCUUUGGCAAUCUUAAGUAAUAUGGUGCCCUGUGCGAGGCCAGUAUUUGUUGCCCCCAAAUGGCUCUUUUCAAUAAUGGAUCUUCUCAAUUUUGUGCCCUCUCGGCUUGGCGCCCUGUCCGAGCAGAACCAUCCGCACCGUCCUAAAUUCAGCACUAGAUGGAGGACAGAGCAAGCUAUGGAUAAGGGUGCACAGAAUUAAGCCCAUGAUACAAAGGUACAAUUAGCUCUGAACCACUUUUGCUUCUUGCUCCACCCACUGCUAUCACAUGACUCCCAGAAGCUGGACUAGAACAGUGGUGUAGCCGGGCACAAAAUUCUGAGGGGGCGCAAGCAGGCACUCCCACGCAGGUGCCAGCUUCCAUAGGGACCCGGCAAAGGGCUCAGGCCCACGGGCAGUGGGUGCAGAUGGAGGACAGUGGGCAAGGGGUGAGUCCAGCACAACCUGGCCAGGUGCUCCUCUCUGCGGGCAACAAGGGGAUUCUCCCACCAAGGGCUCCCCCCUGCACGGACAAGCAGGUAACACAAUGUGGCCCUGCUUGGCUCCAGGGUGGGUGGGGGUGUUCCAAUGGCUUUGGCACUGGCAACCCAUGCUAUGCUGCUGGACCAGAAGGGAGUGUAGCCCUCAGGCUGCAAAGAGGUUCCCAAGCCCUAGUGUAGGAGAAUGCUGGCUAUAAAUAGAAGCUGAUAGUAUACAUUUGAAGGGGGGGGCAUUUCCAUGAUGCAUUUUGGGAAAAGGAAAAGAAAAGAAAAGAAAAGAAAAGAAAAGAAAAGAAAAGAAAAGAAAAAACUUCAGCGGGGGAUAAUAAAGCAUAUGAUUUGCAUGCAGAAUCAAACCUUUCUCCUGAGGGACUGCAGAUUUUAAUGAGCAUUAAAAUUGCUCAUUACCUCAGAAAAGAUAGUGUAGAGUUGGAAAUGGUUCAGAAAAGGGCAACCCAAAUGAUCAAGAGGGUGGAGCAACUCCCCUAUGAGGAACAGUUACAGCGUUUGGGACUUUUUUUAAAAAAAAAUGACAUAGAGGCGAUAUGACAGAAGAUUAUAAAAUUAUGCAUAGCAUGAAGAAAGUGGAUAGAGAAAAGUUUUUCUCCCUCUCCCAUAACACCAGAACUCGUAGACAUCCAAUGAAGUUGGAAGAUUCAGGACUGAUUAUAAUUAUUUAAUUAUAUGUAUUUCAGCUGCAGGGAAGUAGACAAAUUCAGGGCUGGAGGAUCUACAAUUGUUUUUACUAGAACCCCAAUGCCCACCACCUAGACCCUGGUGCAAAUGAUAUAAACUUAGAAACAAAUCAUUCUGAAUUUGUAACAGAACUGAACAAAGCUCAUUGUCCUUCCCUAUAAAAAUCCCACUUCUGAUUACCACCAGUCUUCUUAUUUUCCGCAAUAUAUUCAUAUUGCAAGUCACCCACGGAUCAAGACCAGCAGAUCAAGACCUACCUUCUGCUCACCCCUGGUUUUAUUUUGUCACAGUUUCUGGGGUCCAUACCUCCUCAAAAUGGGAAUCAAUAACCCUUGGGUUACUACCAGGCUAGGGAUACACCAAUUUGUUUGCACCCCACCCCACCCCCGCAUUUUAAGUUCCAUUCUUCACAUCUCUGCACAAGCUUGUGAUUUAUUUAUUUCCCGGGAGGGGGAGAUCAACAUGAAAAUGUAUUUGUGUGAAUUUCUCCCAAAAUGCACAUUUUCCUAUGCAUUUUCUCCUAAUUUUUGCAAGCAAUUUCCACUAAUUUGUGCAUUUUACUGUAUACCUUUCCCUGUUAUAUACAUUGUUUGGUUGGCGAACUAUACCACAAAGAUUCAGAAAUGUGCAAAUUUCAAAGGAGCACAAUUUCAAUUUGUGUUUUGUUUCAGAAAUUGCAAAACAGGGUAUUUCCAAUGCAUUUCAAACUAAUUUCUUGCUCAUUGCUAUUCCCCAUCACCUGCAUUCUGAGCAUUCAUUUUGAUCUGUUUGCAGGCAGGUUAGACAACAUCAAGCCUUAUUCACAGCAUCCAGUGCAUUCUCCUGUCCUUGGGGAAAGUCUGAUCUUUUGGGAAAGCAGGUUUGUCACACAAGGCCUGCAAAUUAACUUUAAUGGCAAAACCUGAAUUUGCCAAUAUGCAAUUGAAUCCCACUCUAAAAUACUGGCCAUCUGUAAGUGCACCUGCUAUAAUAGCCCCCUCCCCUCCCCUCCCCCACUCCACACACAAACCCCAAAUUGUAAAUAUAUAGCAGGGGAGUUUUUAUUGAGCUGUACCAAGGUUUGGUCAUGCUGUGCAGUCCAUCAGACAUUAAUCCUAAGCUAAAUACUCUGCUUCUGAACUAAAAUGUUAUCGGGAAGGUGUCAGUGUGUUUGCACAGGCUAAAAUUAGAAAAGUGACACUCCUUCCUGCAUCAUUCCAUGAGGUGUGAAGGUCAAGGUUGGAUUGAUAGAGUGCCCUGGCCUUGGAGGGUAGAGGCUUGCCAAAUAAAUCCACGGAGGAACCCUGCAACCAAUGACAUUUUGUGAGUUGGAAGUAAUUUGCUAAAACAUUUAAUCCCAGGAUUGUGGUAUUCGGUCUCACAGUUCUGUUAUAGGCUUCCUAGACAAAAUUUGCUAUUCCCAGAGUGGUUUAACAGUCAAUCCCUCUUCCCAGGGAAUUCUGGGAAUUGUAGCUCGGGGGGGGGGGGGAGAGAGAGGAGUCUCCUAACAACUCUCAGCAUGUUUAACAAACUAUGGUUCCCAGGAUUCUUUGGAGGGAAGUCACGACUGCUUAAAGUGGUAUGAGACUGCUUUAAAUGUUUGCUACAGAUAGAGCCAUAGUGGUGGCUGGUGGAAAACAGGGAGGCCAGCAGUAGGUGGUGCCAGAGUCAAUGUCAGGUGGAACCAACUAAUUUUAGCUUUGUCCCUGCUGAGUUCUACAUAGAGAACCAAUGGGGCUGAUGAGAAGGAAGCUGACAGCCAGGGCCAUCCCCUGCAUUGGUUGGAAGAAAGAAAGGUCUGGGAUUGGUGGUGCAGUGCAUAGCUGCCAAGUCUCCCGUAUUCCCUGGGAAACCCCCGUUUUUCCAGCUACCCCCAGCCAAAAAAACAGAUUUUUUUGUUUUUUCCUGGUUUAUUCUGGUGCAGCGACCAUUUUGGAACUGGGCGGAGCAUGCUCAGAAGCGACUUUUGAGGCUGCUUUGCCCAGUUCCGAAAUGGCUGCAGUGCGACUUCUGGUGCGGCGGCCAUUUUGGAACAGGGCAGAGCAGCAUCAAAAGUCGCUUCUGAGCAUGCUCCACCCAGUUCCAAAAUGGCGGCAGCACUACUUCCGGUCUGCUACUUCUGGUCCAGUCCCUUAUUUCUCAGGCCGGAACUUGGCAGGUAUGGUGCAGUGUCCCAUUCACCCAAAUGCACCAGCCUCCACUGCCUUUGCUCCUUAACCUGCUGCUGCUCCACAGCCAAAGCAUCAUAUACUGCCAAGGAAACACCUUCUAUCCAACUGCUAUAUCUAAAAAGACUGUCUCUUGUGCACCCAUAAUGAUUACGGGGGGGGGGGGGACAGUGGAUUUCUCUGCUCCCUAAGUUAACAGCAUCUCUGGAAUAAUGAGUUGUCCUCCAAACUGGUGUCAGGGACUGGAGUCCUUAGAAAGCUACCAAGACACCAGUACCCUCUGGAAGGGCCAGUUUUAAUCCUUGAUCUGUCACAGCUGCCAUUGCCUGCUCACUUGCUCAGCUAAGAGCUCUCUAAGUGAACAGGUGACAUGCGAGGUGGAGGGGACAUCUCCUAAGGAGAGGCCAUCCCACCAUGGGGAUCAUGCCAAGGCCCACCACCCAAACCUGCAGUCAGCCUUCUCCUUGUUUGAGGAGACCCUGGACAAUAUGUCCUCCUUAAGGACCUCUUCUGCCCCUCUCAGUGGUGCCUGACUAGCUUACGUGGCUGCAGCGGCAGCUGUACAAGUACCAAUGGAUGGCUGUGUCUAGCCACUCUAUACAGUAAAUUUCUCACACUGCCCAGCCCAAGCCUAGACUGGACCUGACUUGGCUUGCAUUUCAGGGUCAGAAAAAUAAAUAAGGGGGUAGGGCAGGAAUUGUCAGUGAGCCCUGUGAAGGAACUGGGGCCCUUGAAAUUCCCCAAGGACAAGAGGUGCUGACACCAUCCCUGACGGUUCUUACUUUUUGAAGUGACUUUGUAGAGCAUACAGAUAGAGCAGAAGUGCUCCAUCAUCUUUGGGUUAAAAAGAUCCUGAGUAGUAUUGAAUUACUUUGCAGAGUUAGCACACAGCAUGAAGCUGACUGUGCAAUGGAUCCUUUGCUGAGAGAUGGCAGCCUUACCUUGGCUGCAGCCACACAGAGAUACACUUGCUGUGGAAUAAUGAGAAAGGCUUAGGGUUUUUUUUUUUUAAAUAGGAAAGGCAUACUUGGGUAGAAAAGGUUCCUAGCUCUUACUAACUAAGGUGGAGGUACAAAGGACUCUUGCACUCCACAGAGAUCAAUCCAAAGAUGCCCUGUCUCCAAAAGAGCUGAAACAAGAGGAAGGGGGAGGCACAAAGUGAAGAGCUGCAACCUGAGAAUGUCAGUAACAUCAAAGGAAAGGUCAUCAGGAAGAUCAGGGAGAGCCUUUAGGAAUGUGAAGGUUCCCUUCUCUAUAAUAUAACCUCAUGCAAACCCCUUAGCAAGCUGAGCUGCGACCCAACACUUCCAGUGGAUAUUGCAGAACUGCUGCCAGUUCAGUGGAUAUUGCAGAACUGCUGCCAGUCAGAGGAGAUGGUACCAGGCUUGACAUGGCAGAAGGCAGCUUCACUUGCAGGGAGCUGUAGCUAUGCUUCACUCUUGUGCUCCCAGAACAAUCCAAAGUUGCAGCCAAACCCUCACACCCUAAGAGGUAGGCUGACACCCUGAUUGCAACUCAGUAGUAGUACAUAUAAAAAGGUCCAUCCGACUCGGGUUGCGGCGCUCAUCUCGCUCUAUAGGCCGAGGGAGCCAGCGUUUGUCCGCAGACAGCUUCCGGGUCAUGUGGCCAGCAUGACAAAGCUGCUUCUGGCAAAUCAGAGCAGCGCACGGAAACACCGUUUACCUUCCCGCCGGAGCGGUCCCUAUUUAUCUACUUCCACUUUGAUGUGCUUUCGAACUACUAGGUGGGCAGGAGCUGGGACCAAGCAACGGGAGCUCACCCCAUUACAGGGAUUCGAACCGCUGACCUUCUGAUCAGCAAGCCCUAGACCAGGCAUCCCCAAACUUCGGCCCUCCAGAUGUUUUGGACUACAAUUCCCAUCAUCCCUGACCACUGGUCCUGUUAGCUAGGGAUCAUGGGAGUUGUAGGCCAAAACAUCUGGAGGGCCGGAGUUUGGGGAUGCCUGCCCUAGACUCUGUGGUUUAACCCACAGCGCCACCUGAACAGCCUUAUAGAACUUGGUGCCUUCCAGAAGUUUUGGACUACAGUUUCCAUCAGCUUCAGCCAGCAUAACCAUACUGGGUGUGGCUGGUGGGAGUUGUAGUUUGAAAGUUCUAGAGGGCACUAGGCUGCUGAAGGUCCCAGGUUCAGCCUCUGGCACCUCCAAUUAAAAGUGAAUAGUGCCAGGUGGUGGGAAAGAUUAUGCUGUUAAUCCAGAGCUCACUGGUGGCUUUGCAUCCUUAAGGCCCCAGGGUCAGUUCAGAACUAGAAAUGUCCAGUACCUGAAAUCCUGGAGAGCCUCUGCCAGUCAGUGUAGAGUAGCCAGUACUGACCUAGAUGGACAAAUGGUCUGAUUCAGUAUAAAGCAGCUUCCUAGGUUCCUGUAGGUGAAACAAACAAAUACUCACCUGGCAUGAGGCAGACUUCUGUGUUCCUAACUACUGGACAAAGGUGAAAUGUUUUCUCUUUUCAGAAUACAGUGGUACCUUGGGUUAAGUACUUAGUUGGUUCUGGAAGUCCGUACUUAACUUGAAGCGUACUUAACCUGAAGCGAACUUUCCCAUUGAAAGUAAUGGAAAGUGGAUUAAUCCGUUCCAGACGAUGAAAAACACCCCAUAAAACAGCAAUUUAACAUGAAUUUUACUGUCUAACGAGACCAUUGAUCCAUAAAAUGAAGGCAAUAAUCAAUGUACUGUACUAUAAAAUAAAUAAGGCAGUAUUGUAGAUGAAAAAAAAUAACAUUUCCAGUGGUACCUUGGGUUAAGUACUUAAUUGGUUACGGGGUGCCAUUUGCAUCCCAAAAAGUACUUAACCCGAGCGGUGAUAGUGCACGUGCGCUAAGCGACGAUAGAGCACUUCUGCGCGAAGCGCACAGAACACUUUGCGCAUGCACGCGUGGCGGAACCUGGAAGUAAACACUUCCGGGUCCGCGGAGUACUUAACCUGAAAGUACUCAACCUGAAGCUUACUUAACCCGAGCUAUGAGUGUAAUAAUAAUCUCACAGCUGUCGGCAAUCAAAGAGGCUCCCUGCUCAUUAAGAUGUUCAUUAAAUUGAUGGACAUCUGGAUCAGUGAUUACAAAAGCUAUUUCAAGAACCGUGUUUAGAGAAGGGGGAGAGUCCUUACAGUGACUGUCAAAUUCAGAGAAUCAGCUGGAUGACAAACAGCUCUGUAGACAAAAAGAUCCAUCUUACCCAAGUUUAUUUGUUAAAAUAUUAGGAGCCACACUGUGGGGUAGGUAGGUGGGUGUGUUUAAGCCAAACUGGAGGAAGGGAGAAAAGAGAGAGAGAUUCUAAGGAAAUUGCUUCCCAAAAUGUGCAUAUUAGGCAAAUUUGUGUUCAAAAAUAUAUUUAUUAGAUUUAUAUCCUACCUUUCCUCCAAAUAGCUCAGGGUGGCAGCAUACCUAUUUUUCCAUCCCCAUUUGAUCCUCACAACAGCCCUAUGAGGCAGGUUAGACUAAGAAGCAGUGACUGGCUCAAAGUCACCCCAUGAGCUUCAUGACUAAGUAGGACUUUGAACCAUGGUCUCCCAUGUCCUAGCCGAGCCCUAAAACUUCUGCACCACACAUACAUUAGGAGUAAUAUGCCCCGCAAUGCCGAUGAAUUUUCAUGCAGACUUUUAAAAGAAAUUUUUGCAAACUGAAGUGAAGGUCAGAAAUGUGAGACACAGAAAGGGACAGAUUUGGCCAUCUCCAGUUGUAGUGGUUAGAAUUGUGGUGUUUAUAUGCUCGGAAGCUGCCCCAGGUCGUUCUGACCCUUAAAAAUAUAUAGUCCUCUUUUUCUUUCCUAGAAAAGACUGUGCAAUAUUCUUUGUUUAGAGUUUAAACAUAACACAUUACUAAUAUGAGACUGGCAGACUUAGGAGACUUUACAGACGUAUUCUGAGGCACAUAGCAGCAUAAAACAAACUCCUGCUGCUCUCACAGUUAAACUCACUCUCUAACACUCUAGAGUUGAUAAGAGACCUUACUGGAAAACUGCUUACUGUGGUGACACCAUAGGAUUCUGUACUACACUAACUCUUUCCAUACAUAGCAUUUUGGAUGCAGCACUCCCACAAGAAUGUCAGACUAGAACUGUGGCGACCCUGGUUCAAAUCCCUACCUGGCCACACAGCUCAGUGGAUGUCCUUUGGCUAGUCACUUUCUCUCAGCCUCAAAUACAUUGUGGGCUUUUUAAGGAGGGGGAGACUGUAAUGUUUGCUGUUCUGAACUCCUUGCAGGAAGAGCAUGAUAAAUAUGGUGACACUCCAAGAGCAGGUUCUGUUUUCCCACCCCCAGCCCUUGAAACUCCUCCAUCACGUCUGGGAGCAGCAAGCUAGCUUAAAGGGUGAAGAAGACGAAGGCCAUGUGGCACACACAGUUGUAUUCUUCAAGUGGAACAGCAAAGUGACUCAUCAGGAAAGGCUGGGGGGCUCCCACCACUUCUCCCCAACAUCUUUCACCUGAGACAGUUGCCUAAUGGUAGGAACUAUCCUGAAUUCUGCCACUGCCAUCAAAAUUGUCCCAAAGGCAUCUCAUUUUAUUGGCCUGUAUAUGGGACUAAAAGGGUGUGUGCGUGUUUUUGCUUAACAUUAAUGAAAAUGGACUUCUCAUAUGUAAGGAAACACCUAAAAUGCCAGCAUUAAGGCUAUAAAUUUUCAUAGACCCUUAAUACUCUUUUAGCCAUCUCAUGUGCGUACACUAAUAUUUGAACAACUUUUUAAAAUAUGGGAUCGCAUACCUUUCCUCCAAGAAGCUAUGUAAAGAAUCUUCUUUUUUAAGUUUUGUACUGCGGCCAAAAUAGAAUAUAAUUCAUUCCAUUUUCUGGGCAACGUUUUAAUAGGAACGGACAAGAGGUUUGCAGAGCUGUGAGACUGAGCUUCCAUUUCUGAUUUCUGAUAACCUUCUCUGACUCAAUAAAUGGUUUCAGCACAUAAAUGCAGGCAGGGCACUGACCUUUUCACACUCCUCAGUGUGAUCAAAUUCAUUUAUUUGAAUCUAGUCAUCGGACCAUUACAAAGUUUAAACAGUAUGAAUAGGAGGCAAGGCAACUUUUCAGCCUUUUGGCCAAGAUCAAUACCUCAAUUUUGUGACCUGGGGUUCUGCAGAAUAGACUACAUUCCAAGUCAAAUUGAUUUAGUGGGGUCUCACUAAUAGAGUUUUUCUCUUUCUGUUUCUGUAUACUAUAGAAUCAUUAGCAGGAGUUCCAAGGGCGUUUCCACACAAGGUUUUUUUGGGGGGGGCAGUUCUACUUUGUCCUCACACAAUAGCUCUAUUCAAGCAUUCAUUUCUAAAUACAUGGGACUAGGCAUGAGUGGGACUGUCCCCAAUUCCUUGAUGCUAUCACACACACUAGCAAUGUCCCCCAACACACAAUUAAUCAACCAACUUCUGUGUGAGCUAAGGUUUCUACCAGUCCCUAUAGAGCAGGAGUGGGAAACUGGUGGCCCUUCAGAGGCUCUUGGACUAUGCUUUCUGGGAGUUGUAGGGCCGCAGGUUUCCCACCUCUGGCAAGAGGACAUAUUAGCAGCUCCCUGGAGAACUGAGCUGAUUGUGCUUCGGAUGGGGAAUGUUGCUGGUGUGCAUCUUAAGUUGUUUAAAAUUGUUUUUAAUAUUGUGUUUUAAUGUUGUAACCCACCCUGGGACCUUAGGAUGAAGGCCAGGAAACAAAUACAUCAUCAUCAUCAUCAUCAUCAUUAAAGGGCUUGUUUCCACUCAUUCCUUGUUGUAUCUGGAAGUGAAUGUGACUAUUGCUUCUAAGUCAUGGAAGCUAGACAGUGCCUAUGUGCAAAGUGACCCCAUUUCCCAUCUGUCAACAUAGUAGACAAAGUGAAUCCUGGCAACAUACAUGUCUGGGCUGAUGCUAUAAGAAUGACUUCGGUUUAAAUGUUCUCUCUGUCCUGCUCUCCUCUUGUUCCCAUUCCACAAGUCCCAGCAAAGUGCAAUCUGUGUCUCUUUGUGAAAAAGACUGAUAGCCAAAAUCAACCAUGUUUCCCCAUCUUUCUUUGCAGGGCAAGUGUUGAGCCUGUUGAGGCACAUGAAAACUAGUGUGGUGUCUUUCCAUGUGUUGUCCCAUUGCAGAAAACGUGUUCUGUUUUCUUGGAUUGAGAACCAAGGCACACAUUCUGAAUUCACAGCACAACAUUUU